CCCCACACACAAAUAGUUCAAUACACAUACAAGUACUUUAUGAUAGCAUAGAGAUAGUAAGGUGGUAGCUUGAGGUGGAACACAGACUACAGUGUUAUCUUAUCCUGAUUGUGAUUGAGCAUGCACUGCAUGACAGGAUUCCCGCCUCCAAAAAUGGCCUCAUGCUCAAAAAUGGCUGAAUCAUGUACUGAGGAUAGUAAUCUCGCUACGCGAGACUACGAGGCUAAUGAGAUUACACCUACUGCCUCCAUUCUGAGUGGAAGAACCUUAAACAUUAAAGAUCUUAGUGAGGUGGUUAGAUUACUUGAAAAGCACAACUGUAGCAAAAAAACCUAUUAUAGGCUUGGUCUUUCUCUUAAACUGUCUUACAAUGCACUGGAAAUCAUUGAGGGACAGUAUACCAAAAUUGAUCGACGUUUUACUGAAUGCUUGGCUCUCUGGCUGCGUAGUGCUGAGAAGCCAACAAUACCUGAAUUGAUAACUGCUCUAAGGGAAACAGAUAAUGCUGUAGCAAAUGCUAUAUCGAAUGCUGUAGCUGAUGGUGUUAAAGAAAUUAUUCCAAUGUCUGAAUCUGAAUCCUUGUCAAAUCUCAGCAAACCUAUAGUCACACCGUCUACAUUAGAGGUCAAUCAAGAUCAUCCACGUCAACCUGUCUCCAAUCCAGGUGUUCAUGAAAUGGAAACUGUAAUGGAUCGCCUAUCUAUACUAAAGCCAAUAACUCACAGUUUAAGGCAGAAAUACAUUGACCUUGUUGUAGCAGUAAAACGCUCACUACAAGAUCAUGGCGUUAAGUUGGAAGAUGCAAAACUACUUCUAAAAGAAUGUUUUAAGGAUAAAACCAGAGACUAUCCACCAUUAAAGGAAGUUAUUAAUUCUCUAAAAGAGGUUCAGGAUUUUAAUGGCUUAUUUGACUUCCUAAGUGACCGAAGCUUUAUUGGUUAUCUCAAUUACAAUCUGCUGAAAAGAUUAUCAAACCUUAGUCCUCAUGAUGAUGAUCUUAUGAACCAAGUUUACGAUUAUGAAAAAAAAUAUGCUGAGUUACUGGAUAAAAUUUCGUGCAAGGACUUGGUACAUUUAUUUGAUCAAUGGUCUGAGCUCUCCCCCACCAUUCCUGUUGGUUUGCCUUAUAUUUCCUUUCGUCUUGACUCUCCUUGGCUUCUAUAUCGUUUUUAUACUUGGAUAUUAACCUUUGGUAAAUUCUCAUGGUCAGAAGAUGCAUUUCUCAAACAAUUGCGGAAAAAUUGUAUUAUCAUCACUUAUGCUAUACUGCCAUGUGUUCUUGAUGAUGUCAUGAGAGAUCUCAAUGAUCCAGUGAUAUUGAAGAAGCUAGAGAAUAAAGGAGUUACUGUAAUUGAAUUACUACAAGAAGAGAAAUAUAUUGUUCAUAAAUCAACACCCAGCAAAGAAGUAGACGAAAAAAUUGAUUUCAUGGAUAAAGAAGAAUCAAUUUUGAAAGCUAUACCUUCUUCCCUCGCACAACUAAAGACUGAAUCAACAGAGCAAAGCAUUGCUGACAGUGAUACUAUCUUGGCAAGCAGUGUGCUGCAGGAAAUGUCUUUGUUAGAGCAGGGGUCUAUUAAGGAAAAAGCUAUAAUGGAAAGUUCCAAUCUGAAUAAAAUGUUGAUAGAGGCCAUAAACCCUUAUACUAAACCUGAGGAGGUUAUUGAUCUACUUGAAGCUGGAGCUGAUCCUAAUGCUACUGAGUGUACACUUGGUGGUAAUACUGCUCUUUUUAAAGCCAUAAAAGAAGAUAAUGUUAUCAUUUUGGAAUUAUUACUGAAUAAAGGAGCCAAUCCUAAUAUUGGUUCUGAUAGAUAUACUGGUACUCCUCUACACUGUGCUAGUGAAAUUGGUAAUGCUGAUUUUGUUCAUCUAUUAGUAUCUAAAGGAAAUGCUGAUGUUAAUGCUGUCGAUAAGAGAAACAGAACUCCAUUGUUUAAUGCUGUUGAUAGUGGUAAUAUUGAAGUUGUUGAUAUUUUAUUAACUCACGGAGGUAGAACUGAUGCUGUAAAUAUACUCGAUGACACUGUAUUACACUAUGCUAGUGAAAGUGGUAAAGCUGAUAUUGUUCAAUUGUUGAUUGCUAAAGGAAAAGCUGAUGUGAACACUGUAAAUAAGUGGACUAAAAGAACUCCAUUGUUGAAUGCUGUUGAAAGUUAUAGAUGCAGUAUUAAAGUCAUUGAUACUCUACUUCAUAACGGAGCUAAAACUGACAUUGUGAAUAUAGAUGGUGAAACCCUGCUCCAUUGUGCUAGUAAAUCUGGUAAAGCUGAAAUACUUAAGUUUUUCACAAAGAGAGAAGAUUGUGAUGUGAAUGCUUUGGAUAAAUACAACAGAACUCCAUUGUUUAACGCUGUUAAGAGUGGUAGUAUUGAAGCUGUUGAUAUUCUAUUAACUAAUGGAGCUAGAACUGAUGUUGUGGAUGAAGUAAUAAUGCAUAGGCUAUUGCAAAAUAAGUAUUUUUAUAAUUAUUGUUACUGUAUACAAAACUAUUUAUUGUAAAU